CUUAUGCAUCCUAUUGGGCCUCUUUUGAUCAAUCCCCCUAUAAUUGCUAUCACCACAUAAAUGAAGGGGAAAUCCCGGAUAACAUUUGCAGCACUCCGCGGGGAAUAGCAAAGUAGGCGAUCAUUUUCGCGUCAGGGGCUGCUUCAUAGGCUGCUUCCUAUGCUGCUGCGUGAGAAAGUGCUUGUCGAACGCCCCCGUCGGAGGAACCAUCACGAAGCGGACGAAAGCACAACCCGCAUGCGUUAGUGGCUUAUCGGAAGAAAAGCGUAGUGCAAGCGUUCAGGCAGGUGUGACCGAGCUAGCUAGUUUUGUUUUUUUCGUGGGGCUCCCCAUGCUAAACUGUGUAUGCUAAACUGCGCACGCUAAACCGAUUAGCAGCCACAUAAGGGACCCAAAAAAAGGCCCACUUCACCAAGGCGGCGAGACAAAAUGAGGAAGACGUGCCAGGUGUGCAAGCAGAAGCUGUUUCAGUACGUGUGUCCCUCCUGCGAAAUCGUCUACUGCAGCCUCGAAUGCUACAAAAGGCACAAUGACGAGUGCGUGCAGAAUUUCCAGGAAAACCAAGUGAGGGAGAAUAUAAAAAAUAACCAGCUGACCGAUUUGGAGAAGCGGGAAUUCAAGUUCAAGCUGAGGAGGUUCUACGAGCAAGGCGGGGGGGGCGCAGAAGGGGGAGAGGAGCAAGAUGAGGAAGAAGAGGAAGAAGAGGAGGGAAUCGCUGGUGAGGAAGAAGGAACCGCUGAUGGGGAAGAGGGAGCCGCUAAUGAGGGGGCCCCACAUAAGGCAGAUCCAGACGAAACACAGUCCGCCGCGCGUCCCGACGCGUCUCCCACCGCGCAAAAUGGGCACCUGAAAAAAUGGUGCAUUAGCAACAAACGGUACAAAGUGCUGACGGAGCUGGCCAAGAGCGACCAGCUGAAGAUGGACCACCUGACGCAAACGGAGCAGAAGCAGUUCUUCUCAUUCCUAAAGAGCAACGACAUGAACGCCCACAUAGCAAAGUUCCAACCAUGGUGGCUAAAUUGCGUAAUAAAAAAGGUCCGCACACCUGAACACAUAUGCUGUAAUAGAGACGUAAAUGAAAAUGUCAAGUUCAUGGUGAUCGAAAUUGUUUACAGCUACUGCUAUUUACUGCGCAUUUUUAAUGAAAGCCUUGACAGUAAAGAACUUUGUUACUGCUUCCUUUACAUGGCUAGCUGCCUGGACAGGUUUAGCCUCCCGGAAAGCAACGUAUACAGCACUGUGCAUAAUUUAUUUCAGAGGAUCCUCGAAAAUGAUGAAAUCGCUCGAGAGAAAGGAAUCCUCUACAACGUCGUGACGGAUGUUACCAGUAUCUUAAAGCUAAAGGAUCUGUUGCUUAGGUGUUUGUAUGAAACGAAAAAGUUUUUUAAAAAGGAAAUCCAAAAAAUGAAUUGCAAAAAGGAUAAAAUGGGGAGUAAUCUCAGUGCCGUUAAGAAGAUGGCUGCACUUUUACAGGAACAAAAACAUUUUAAAUAUGUAAAUAAAAAAAUUACCUUUCUGUGUAGCUACGCCAAUUACCAUUAUGAUCUGUUUGACUCGGUGACGAAGCAACUUGACAGGUUCUACAGUGAGCAGUGCAGGGGGAUGUCUCUCGCGUCUAACGAGAAGAGGGAAGUUGUGCUCUCCAAGGAGGUACCCUAAUUAGGGGCGCAGUUCUCCCCACCGCAUAUGUCACCAUCGCACUGACGUUAACCACCCCGUCGCUGCAAAUUAUUUUUUUCUUUUGCUUUCCCCACGUGGGGCCUACUCAAAAUGGUUUUUUGUG